GGCGGCGGGAGUCGGCGUGCGCGCUGUGCGGGCGGCAGUUCCGCUCCGCCAUGGAUCUGACCCGCCACAUCCGCACGCACACGGGCGAGCGCCCCUUCCAGUGCCCCUUCUGCCCCUACCGCGCCGCCCACAAGAGCAAUGUGCACCGCCACGUCCGCACGCGACACCACAACGGUGCGGGCGCGGUCGUGGGCGCAGGGCGUGGGAGCGGCGGUGACGGGAACGGCAGCGGUGGCGUCGCGGCGGUCAGGCUGUUGCCGCCACCGCCGCCGCCGCCGCCGCCCUCCUAUUCGGGCGCCUCGCUCGAGCGCCCCAAAUAGGGGGCUCGGAGGGGGGGAGGGAGGAAGAGACCGAACGCUGGAGAAAGAGGACCAAGAGGAGAGGAAGAGGCACAAGAAGAGGAAGGGAGGGACGAGGAAGAAGAAAAAGAAGGCGAAGGAGAGGGAGCGUGGUCCCCCGGAGACGUCGAUGCCGACGACCGCCGCAGCCGAGGCCGCUAAGUUGCUGAAUUAUGGCCCGCCGCAGCCGCCGCCGCCGCCGCUCUGGGCCGCGGGCGAAGGGGCCUCUGCUUCCGCCGCCGCCGCCGCCGCUGCCGCCGCCGGCUGGGUGGGCGGCGUGGGUGGCGGCGCGGUCAGGGGCGCCCUGGGGGCUGACCGGCACUACCCGUGCGUCUUCUGCCACUACCGCUCGCGGUCGCGGGUCGACCUGGACAAGCACGUGCGCACGCACACCGGCGAGAAGCCGUACAAGUGCGUGUUCUGCGUGUACAUGUCGGCGGACAAGAGCAACCUGCGGCGCCACCUGCUCGGCGUGCACAAGAUCAAGUACGACGACCUACAGCCGCUCCUGGCUGCGCGCGCGCCUCCGCAGGCGCUGCCGCAGCCCGUCAGCCCACCCCUGCCGCAGGCGCUGCCGCAGCCCUUGGCUCGCGCCCACAAGUUCUCUCAGCACGCCGCGCCCCCGCCCGCUAAGAGUACCCUCCCUUCCUCCUGGCCCUCCACCCCCGCCCCCUCCGCCAGUGCGUCGCUCAAAGCCUCGCAUCCCGCUCCCCCCCCCGCGCGCGCUCAGCCUUCCACCCCGCGCCCCCCCCUGCACUGCGAAGGGCCGGCGUCGCCCCCGUGAGCCCGGCCCUUCCCUGCGCCUUCUGCUGCCUCGCCUCCUGUGCCACUGUUCGGCUUCUCCCUCUGUCCUGGCUGUCCUCCGUCUCGCUCUCCGUCCUCCUCGCGUCCUCGCUGCCUCCUCACUCGUCUUUUCUCAUUUCCUCCUUUAAUAAGCCUUUCCAUCCCCCUCCCCCCUCCUUCCCAGAGCCUCUGUCAGAGCCAUGGUUACCAGAAGGCCUUUUUAGAAGUGUUUUUGGAACCGGAGGACAACUCCUCUUCCCGAGUAUUAUGCAUCCUGUUUUGUUUUUGUUUUUGUUUAUUUAUUGAUUUACUUUGCCUCAAUGUCUCCUAUUUGUGGAUCCCCUUAUCUCGGGCAGGGAGUAGACGUCGCUGAAGCGCUGGUCUGUGUAGGCUGUCGCCUCCGCCUCCCCCCCCCCCCCUCCGCCCCUUCUCCCCGCCCCCCCCAGAAGGAGCAGAGGGAAAGAGGCUCCGAGAGCGGAGGCCGUGCAAGUGCAGUGC